AUGAUGACUGGUAUCGAGGUCGCCGGCAUAGUUCUUGCUGUUCUACCCCUCUUCAUCUCCGCUCUCGAGAACUACGAGAAUGGACUGGACCCAAUACGGGCAUUUUUGGAGUUCGACUCCGAACUGCCGAAUCAGAUCCGGAAGCUCCGGGAUCAGCAUAUCAAUUACAACCUCACGAUGAAGGGCCUGCUCUUGUCCAUCGCUGACAGUGAGGAUGUCGAGGAGAUGAUAUCUGACCCAGGCGGUGUCCGCUGGAAAGACAGCGUUAUGCAGAAGAGGCUCGAGGAAAGACUAGAUGAAUCGUACCAGGCAUACCUUGAUACGAUCAAACAUAUAGAGGAAAUCAUGAAAACUAUUGCGAAAGACCUCAAAAUCGACCAAAGCGACAGGACGACGCGUGCGGACCUUCAAUCGCUGCUGAUAAAGGCACCGCGAAAAGACAAUCAUUUUGAAUUUGGGCGGCGUGUAAAGUUUGGCAUGAAGCUCAAGAAAUUUACGAGGUUGCUUGACGAAUUGGAUAGCGAGAAUCGGAAGCUAGAGCGAUUCGCCGACAAGACGGAACGGCUCGAGACGUAUCGGGCACUCUCAAUCCCACUACCGGGCAAACAAAGUGAAGAAAAGCCAGCCGAGGAUGUUCCUGACAAUGAAGCAACCAGCCUGAACAAGCUUCUGAUGCCUGACCCAGACCACUAUGGACAUACUUUGUCUCGAAAAGACCGCAUGUCUCUAGCACUGAUACUGGCUUCGUCAUUUGUACAGCUAGAGGCCACACAGUGGAUCCAAGAGUCAUGGGGGAAAGAAGAUAUCGUCUUUGACCGAGCCCCCGAUGCACCUGAAGACAGUUCCGUCGACCUCAGCAAGCCCUACAUCUUGCACUCCAUCGAAAAACGCACAGCGGACAACAAAACCCGACCUAUUCGGAACUCGCGGAAUUACAGUCUCUUGAGCCUUGGAAUCCUCUUGCUUGAAUUAUCCACCGGACAGUCUUUUGAGCAGCACCUAUCACGUAUAAAGGGCAAAAGCACCGCCAGCCUAGACCCCCCUGAAGAAUCCGUUGAGAGGCUCAUGAAACUCUCAGAGGUCAGGAAAUGGCUCGUAGCCGUUCAGGACGAUUUAUCCAGCGGAUUCCACGGGGCAAUCUGGCACUGUAUUAAAAGCUACUUCGACGAAGAAUCUGGCAAGAGUGAGGAUGUCUACCGUCAAGCUGUGCUAGAUCAAGUUGUCUUGCCGUUGCAGGAGGAUCUGCAGAGCUUCUUGGGCACCAGAACUUAG